GACGUUUGUUUUCAGUCACAAAUGAACCUAGGUCAUAUCAACAAGAAAAAUGGCCUUUAUGUCUUGCAAACAAAUCUUCAUUUUUGGCCUCUUACCUUUGGUUCAAUCCAAAGUAGCGUUAUCUCCUGAAGACUUGGACCAUCCUUGUUCCCCGGAUAAUUUGAGGGAAACUCAUCGUUAUUUUUGCACCGACGAUGGUCAUGUUAUUUGUCGUGAAGGUUGGCGAGAACCUCUCGUUCCGCAAAUUCCAGAUGGUUUGAGGUUUGCUUCACCCUGCAUUGAACCAAUUUGUGAAUUUGAAGGUCGCAAUUGCGUCCAUGGAUAUUGUGCGAAACCCGGAGUAUGUUCCUGCGACAUUGGAUGGGAGGGCUACUUUUGUGAUGAGUGCAUUCGAUUACCUGGAUGCCGCCAUGGAUCCUGCAUUGACUCUUUUGAAUGCAUUUGUACUAAGGAUAAGGAAGGAAAACCUCUUUGGAUCGGCCGAGAUUGCGACCAACCUGCAUGUUCUAAUUGCGAAAAUGGACGGUGUGUUGAGCCUGGGUUGUGUCGGUGCAAUCCAGGAUGGGGCGGGAAAAAUUGCGACAAGUGUGAAACAUUUGCUGGUUGCAUUCAUGGAAGUUGCAAUGGGAAAGCUCAUGCCUGUGAGUGCCAUACAGGAUAUGGCGGUCAGCUUUGUGAUCGGCCGAUUUGCAGGGAAGACUGCCACCCCUUGAAUGGAUAUUGUGAGGAGCCCGGAACUUGUCUUUGCAAGUCCGGAUACAUGGGUCCCAGUUGUAACACUUGUGACCCAUACUGGGAUUGUCCCUUCAAUGGGUAUUGCUUGCAGCCCCAUCAAUGUAUCUGCAAUCAAACCGUGGCCAAAACUGACAUCCAUGGGGUUUGCAACCUGAUUGAAUUGAAUGGACCCCGAUUUGGACCUUGGUCCGAAUGCUCAAAUCCUUGUCGAGAACAAUCUAAUAUUGAGCAAUCUCAUGUCCCCGGAUCUCAAAUUCGCUUGUGUCGCUGGAACCCCGAUGGACCCUGUGAAGCAGAGAUGAGGCAAUGCUUUGGCAAUCGCCCGUGGAUGAAAGCGGCCAGGGUUGAACCCAGACUAUGUCACUAUGUUCAAGACGGCCUUGGAGAGACCGAAAGUCGCGUGGCAGUUGAGCCGGAUGAUUUGGAGCUACAAAGCUGCGCUCAAGAUCAAGACUGUCUUGACCCGGAGCUUACUCAUUGCGUAAAUGAAGCCUGUCAUGCCUUCGAAUGUCUGAGUAAUUCCCACUGCUUUCCCGGAUUGUGCCAGAAUGGCACUUGCGUCUUGCUUGAAAGUUGCCUCAACCACUCCGAUUGUCCUGAAGAAUCAUCGUUUUGUAUUGAGGGUCAUUGUCGUUUGGCCAUGACCUGUGUCGCAAACGAUUCCAAAUGUCCGGACAAAUUUCCCGUAUGCCAAGAUAAUAUCUGUCAAGCUUGCCAAAGAAAUGAGGAUUGCCCUGAAGAUCGACCUGCUUGUUCAUAUGGAAUGUGCCAUGAGAAGUGUCAAGAUGACGAGGGAUGCACGUUCCCAACCCCAAAAUGUAACUUGGAGACUGGGAACUGUCAGCGUUGUUUAACAACGGCCGAUUGUGAGGAUGAGAGAUUUUAUUGCAUCCAAGGCGUUGGCAAAUGCAAACCAGGGUGUGAUUCAGACGCACAAUGUAAAUUGAGUAACCCAGACACUCCAGUGUGUAAUUUGGAGAGCUUCCAAUGUUAUGAAUGCUUGAAAGACGACCAUUGUGGUCCGGAUCACUUUUGCAAUGGCCAAUACAAAUGCAAUCCAGGUUGCCAUCACACAUUCCAAUGCCAAAAAGGACAAUAUUGUUCCAAAACAACGGAACAAUGCACUCCUGGGUGCAAUGGUAUUCAUAGACAAUGUCCAGAAGAAUCUUCGUGUCAAGGAAACGACUGUCAACCUCAAUGUCAAUCCCACGCUAAUUGUCCAAUGGGAAAACUAUGCCAAAGCGGGAGUUGCGAAAACGGAUGUGUUUACCACAACGAUUGCCCCAUCGGAAAAAUCUGUAAAGAAGACCAACAAUGUGCUUCUGGUUGUAUCUGGUCGGAACAUUGUAUCCCAGGUCAGCUUUGCCUAAACGGAACGUGCACUGAGGGCUGCGAUCCAGAGAUUGAUGCUUGUCCAAAACGGCAGCACUGCAAUGGCACGCAUUGUGUUGAGGGCUGCAAUGAGUUGCACGACCGGUGUCCUCCGGGUUUUCUGUGCCAAGUUGACUCAUGUGCUCCGGGGUGUAAUACUGACACCACGUGUCCAUCUAACCAGUAUUGCCGUUCAAACCAGUGUGUUGAUGGGUGCGAAUCUGACCAGACCUGCAACCUUGAGUACACUUGCAAUCUUCCCAUGAAGGAUUGCGUUCCUGGAUGCUUUGAAAACGACGAAAGGUGUCCCUUGAAUCAUAUCUGUGAGGGAUCUGGAUCCAAAUCUAGAUGCACUUUGGGAUGCCAUUUGAAUGGGACAAGGUGUGAGUCUGGAUACAUAUGUCAAGAGUCCGAUGGACUUUGUGUGCCGGGGUGCAAUGCUGAAGGCGCCCCAUGUCCUCGGGGUUAUCUCUGUCUCGAUGCAAUUUGCAAUCAAGAGGAGUAGCGUUCAUUCGGAAAGUAAAAUCGAGAGCUCCGACCAACCAGCCAACUAACCAUUCACCAGAGCCAUCCUAUUCUGUCCGUUGGUUACUUUGGAAGCGGAUCAGAAACUGUACGUAAUAGUCGACGACGUAACACGUAACUUUGGCCAAAAAUGUGUUCAUCUCAACACAUGAACACAAAAAAGAACUGAUACGUUUCCAUGGGCAAACAAGCAACCAUCAGAGAUUCCAAACCAUUGGCACGAUAUGUCUUUUGAUCUGACUCCGUCAGAUGAUUCGGAGGCCAAAAGACUUGUUGGGAAACAUCCGAAACACUUGAAUGUGCUUUAGGUGGCAAUGUCGAAUUGUAUUAUGAGGUAUGGCCUGU